AUGACCUCCGUCGAGCUUGUGUCAAACCCUUCCAGUGAGUUGAGCACGCAUCGGUGGGCCGUCGGCGGCCUGCGGCACCUCAACCGCAAGAACAAGCUGAGCUCCCUGCCCUUCUGGGCGCCAAACCACGUGAUGAAGAAGCACCAGUUCCGCUGCGUGCUGAUCAGCGGCAUGGCGCCGAGGGAGCGGGAGGAGGACGACUACAUCGGGCUGGUCCUCGAGCUGAUCCCUCCCCCCGCUGGGGACGACACGGCGUACCCGGGCGGCUGCUCCGUCACGGCCCGUGUGGUGAACCGCGUGCACGAGUCCCGCAUCCACGACAUUGAGCAGACGGAGACGGUCGCCCUUGUGCCAGGGCAGCUGCAGGCCUCCUUCCCAGAGCUCAUCCCCCCGACGAUCCUCGGCAACCCCGAGUUUGCGGAGGGGGAGGAUAUGUCGCUGCUGCUGGAGGUGACCAUACAGACCGGCGUGAAUGUGGCGGUGGAGUGGGCGAACAGGACGGUCUCCAGGCUCUGGGGCACCGUCUUAGACUCGGUGAACAAGAUGGUGCGGAAGGUUUCGAAGGUCUAUACUGACACGCGGGAGGAGUACGGCACGCGGGUAGAGAAGGAGGAGACGCUCAGCGUGCCGUGGGACCACGUGCCGGAGAAUUGGGUCGGUAGGGAGAAGGAGUGGCGCCACCUCAUAGCGAAGCAAAUCGUGGAGGAUGAGGGGACCUUUCGCUACGGCCCCAACAGAGGCUUCUCGAAGGAUGAGCAGGCCCUGCUGCUGCAGUGCGGCCUCAACCAGCGCCUCAUUACCAACGCCCACGCCCAGUUUGACUACGACCGCGACGUCCACACAGGCCUCUUGGCCCCGCCUGAAAUGCGGCAGCAGCGCUACAACCUGGUCCCUGGUAAGAUAAAGGAGGAGGUGUUUUGGGCCAACUACUUCUGGAAGGUGGCGGCGCUAGGUCUGUGCAAGAAUGAUGAACAGGUACGCAUGCUACUGACGGUGCUCAACGCGCCCCCAGCAGUGAAGGCGCGCGACAUGUCCUCCAUUCGAGCCGUGGACGAGAAGACCGUCCUCGAACACGUGAAGGCGGCGCAGGAGACAGCCGAUAUGCUGGUGGAGUACCUCACCGACGAUGCGCCGUAUGGCGAGAUGUUAGUGGAGGCGGCGGCCACGGCGUGUAAGGGGCAGCUGAAGCAGUUAGACGGUUACUUUAAGCGCACGGACUUGUCGGAGGAGGUGCUGCAACUGACGGGUGCCGUCUUAAAGCGGCUGCGGGAGCGGCUCGACGCGUACGCGGAGUGGAGGGCAAAACACACCGCCCCAUUAAGUGAGCUGAGGGAGGGCGACGGCGACGAGGAGGCGCAGGAAACUGAAAACGGGGGCACCCACGCGGGGCAAGACGCCACGGCGGAGGAAUCAGUGAGGCCCGGCGAGGCGAAGGAAGACGCCGCGGAGCCCCACCACGCGGCCUCAGCGAGUCCGACGAAGAAGGCCGUUGACUCCGCAUGGGGGGGGCUGGACUUUCCGUUGAUGCCGUGGGAAGAGGAGGCGGCGGCGGAGGAGGAGGAGGAGGAGAAAAAUCAGGUGAAUGAAAUGUAA